GUAUAAGGUAACCGUUUAUUCUUUAUAUAUAUACCGCACAUAUUAUCAUACAACAUGCAGAGCACGUAUUGAGUUGCUGUUUUACUAUUUGCGCCGACGUUUUAACAAGCGCAAUACGAAAGCGACCGUUGCAUGCCUGCGGAACGCAAGCGAUCGAUCAACAUGGACGAGAAGGAGGUGAGCUCCUUCAGCAGCAAGGAGCGCGAGAAGGAGAGGGAGCGGGACGGCGAGCGAAGGCUACCGAGGGACAAGGCCAAGGACGACAAGAUGAGCGGCGGCAAGAAGGACGGGGGCGCGAAGGCGGCGGCGGCCGAGGAGAAGAGGAAGCGUCUGGAGGAGGAGAAGCGCAAGAGGGAGGAGAAGGACCGCAAGAAGAAGGAGGAGGAGAAGCAGAAGGCUGAGGAGGAGCAGCGGAAGAAGGAGGAGGAGGAGAAGAGGCUGCAGGAGGAGCAGGAGAAGAAGCUCCAGGAGGAGGAGGAGAAGCGGCAGCGGGAGGAGGAGGCGGCGCAGCUGAAGGAGAAGGAGGAGUCCCACCAGCUGCACCAGGAGGCGUGGGAGCGCCACCACAGCAGGAAGGAGCUCCGCAGCAAGAACCAGAACAUCCAGGAGGGCCGCCCCGAGGAGGCCUUCUUCAGCCGCCUGGACUCCAGCCUCAAGAAGAACACGGCGUUCGUCAAGAAGCUGCGCACGCUCACCGAGCAGCAGCGCGACUCGCUCUCCACCGACUUUGGCGCGCUCAACCUCAGCAAGUACAUCGGCGAGGCGGUGGCCUCCGUGGUGGAGGCCAAGCUGAAGAUCUCGGACGUGGGCUGCUCGGUGCACCUCUGCUCCCUCUUCCACCAGCGCUACGCCGAGUUCGCCCCGCUGCUGCUGCAGGCGUGGAAGCGGCACUUUGAGGCGCGCAAGGAGGAGAAGGCGCCCAACGUGAGCAAGCUGCGCACGGACCUGCGCUUCAUCGCCGAGCUCACCGUCGUGGGCCUCUUCACGGACCGCGAGGGCCUGUCCCUCAUCUACGAGCAGCUCAAGAGCAUCAUCAGCGUGGACCGCGAGAUGCACACGCACGUCUCCGUGGUGAUCAGCUUCUGCAAGCACUGUGGCGACGACAUCGCCGGCCUGGUGCCGCGCAAGGUGAAGCUGGCCGCCGACAAGUUCGCCCUGGCGUUCCCGCCCAGCGAGAUCAUCAGCGUGGAGAAGCAGACGCCCUUCCAGAACCUGCUGAGGGAGUACUUCACGUCGCUCACCAAGCACCUGAAAAAGGACCACCGCGAGCUACAGAACAUCGAGAGGCAGAACAGACGUAUUCUCCACUCCAAGGGCGAGCUCAGUGAGGACCGGCACAAGCAGCACGAGGAGUUUGCCACUUCCUACCAGAAGCUGCUCGCCAACACUCAGUCCCUGGCUGACCUGCUGGACGAGAACAUGCCCGAGCUGCCCCAGGACAAGACCGUCCAGGAGGAACACGGCCCCGGCAUUGACAUCUUCAUGCCCGGUAAGCCAGGAGAGUACGACCUGGAGGGGGGCAUCUGGGAGGACGAGGACGCCCGCAACUUCUACGAGAACAUGGUGGACCUCAAGGCCUUCGUGCCCGCCAUCCUCUUCAAGGACAACGAGAAGAGCGGCCAGGCCAAGGAGAGGGAAGAGGCCAAAGAAGCCAAAGAGGCGAAGGAGGCGGCGGUGGCGGCAGCGGCGACCACGGAGGAGCUGGAGCUGGAGCUAGAGGCCCUGGACAUCGCCGAGGACCCCCUGGAACUGGAGGGCCCCGAGGAGACGGAGAACGAGGAGCUGGCCAAGAAACUGUUGGACGAGCAAGAGCAAGAAGAUGAGGAGGCCAGCACUGGCUCCCACCUCAAGCUCAUCGUGGAUGCCUUCAUCCAGCAGCUUCCCAACUGUGUGAACCGGGACCUCAUUGACAAGGCCGCCAUGGACUUCUGCAUGAACAUGAACACCAAGUCCAACAGGAGGAAGCUGGUGCGAGCCCUCUUCACCGUUCCCAGACAGAGGCUGGAUCUGCUCCCCUUCUACUCCCGCUUGGUGGCGACCCUUCACCCCUGCAUGUCCGAUGUGGCCGAGGACCUUUGCUCCAUGCUCAAGGGAGACUUCAGGUUCCACAUCCGUAAGAAGGACCAGAUUAACAUUGAGACCAAAAACAAGACAGUGAGGUUCAUCGGAGAGCUGGCCAAGUUCAAGAUGUUCUCCAAAACAGACUCACUCCAUUGUCUGAAGAUGCUACUGUCAGACUUCUCCCACCACCAUAUAGAGAUGGCCUGCACCUUGCUGGAGACCUGUGGCCGCUUCCUCUUCAGAUCCCCGGAAUCCCACCUGCGCACUAGCGUCCUCCUGGAGCAAAUGAUGCGCAAGAAGCAGGCGCAGCACCUGGACGCGCGCUACAUCACCAUGGUGGAGAACGCCUACUACUACUGCAACCCGCCCCCCAUGGAGAAGACGGUGCGCAAGAGGAGACCCCCGCUGCAGGAGUACAUCCGCAAGCUGCUCUACAAGGACCUGUCCAAGGUCACCACCGAGAAGGUGCUGAGGCAGAUGCGCAAGCUUCCCUGGCAGGACGUGGAGGUGAAGAGCUACCUGAUCUGCUGCAUGGUGAACAUCUGGAACGUCAAGUACAACAGCGUCCACUGCGUGGCCAACCUGCUGGCCGGCCUCGUGGCCUACCAGGAGGACGUGGGCGUGCACGUGGUCGACGGCGUGCUGGAGGACAUCCGCCUGGGCAUGGAGGUCAACCAGCCCAAGUUCAACCAGCGCCGCAUCAGCAGCGCCAAGUUCCUGGGCGAGCUGUACAACUACCGCAUGGUGGAGUCGGCGGUCAUCUUCCGCACCCUCUUCUCCUUCAUCUCGUUCGGGGUGAACCCCGACGGCGGCCCCGGGCCCCUGGACCCCCCCGAGCACCUGUUCCGCAUCCGGCUGGUGUGCACGCUGCUGGACGCCUGCGGUCAGUAUUUUGACCGCGGCUCCAGCAAGCGCAAGCUGGACUGCUUCCUCAUCUACUUCCAGCGCUACAUCUGGUGGAAGAAGAGCCUGGACGUGUGGACCAAGGACCACCCGUUCCCCAUCGACAUGGACUACAUGAUCAGCGACAUGCUGGAGCUGCUGAGGCCCAAGAUGAGGCUCUGCUCCUCCCUGGAGGAGGCCAGCCGGCAGGUCAGCGACCUGGAGCACGAGGUGCUGGUCAAGCUAGGUCUAGCCAUUGAGAAGGACGGCCGGUGUCCCAGCUCCCUGAGCGAGAGCGAAGCGCUAGAUGAGGAAGACGAGGAUGGCGAUGAGGAGGAAGAGGGCGGGGCCGAGACCGAGGAGCAGUCGGGCAACGAGAGCGAGAUCAACGAGCACGAGGAGGAGGAGGGCUCAGAGAGGGAGGAGGAGGAGGAGGAAGAGAACACAGACGACCUGACAGACUCCAACAAGGAGAACGAGACGGAUGAGGAGAACAACGAUGUGACCAUCCGAGGAGGGGGUCUGAAGCACGUGGCGUGUGCUGAGGACGAGGACUUCAUCCAGGCCCUGGAUAAGAUGAUGCUGGAGAACCUGCAGCAGCGCAGCGGGGAGGUGGUGAAGGUGCACCAGCUGGACGUGGCCAUCCCCCUGCAGCUAAAGAGCCAGCUGAAGAAGGGGGGUCCGGGGGGCCCCGGGGAGGGGGACGGCGGCGACAUCUCGGACAGCAUGCAGUUCGUCAUGCUCACGCGCAAGGGCAACAAGCAGCAGUACAAGAUCCUGAACGUGCCGCUGUCGUCCCACCUGGCCGCCAACCACUUCAACCAGCAGCAGGCGGAGCAGGAGGAGCGCAUGCGCAUGAAGAAGCUCACGCUGGACAUCAACGAGAGGCAGGAGCAGGAGGACUACCAGGAGAUGCUGCAGUCCCUGGCGCAGCGGCCCGCUCCGGCCAACACCAACCGGGAGCGGCGUCCGCGGUACCAGCACCCCAAGGGGGCACCCAACGCUGACCUCAUCUUCAAGACGGGAGGAAGGAGACGCUGAUCUGAGUCUGGUCCUGGGUGCACACGAGAUGAGAAAACGAGAGCGCGAAAGAGAGAGAGAGUGACCGAGAAAACCAAAACGAGCGAGCGAGCCAGCCAUCCAAACGACGGGCCACGCUGGGGACGGGACUCGUCGGACAAACACGGGAGCGGAGCGAGGCGACGAGGUCCCCCAGUGGUCCGCUGAAGCCCGCGCAGAUGCCCCCCCCUCCCCCUCCACCACCACCUCCACCUCCACCUCCACCACCCAACUCACCAUACCCCUUCCCCGCCUCCCUGACCCUCUCCUGAUACCCCACACAUGGAAAGAACCCGACCAUACACUCACACACACACACACACACACACACCCCAACCCCCUUAUUCCCAUACUGCACUGGAGCAACAUGGGAAACGGAGAGAGAGAAUCCACCAGGGGUGCAGGAGUGUGGUCGAGCUACAGGUGGGACGGGGGGGGAGGGAGAGGAGAGAGGAUCUCCUGGUUGGUUCGCCCUCCACAGGUUCGACAGGACGCCUCCUUUUGUUUUAUUUCUUAGCGUCCGUGGCCGGCGGUUGAUCGCAGCAUUACAGCAUCAAAAAGGCAAACGGCGAAACCAGGGAGCGACCUCCUCCGCGCUCGGCACAGCUAGAGCGAUCGGGCGGGAGGGGCAGGACAGCACAGAGAAUCCGACAGCGGUCAGGAGGCAAGAGGUGGAACCGAGGAGAGGAGGAAGGGGACGUUCAGAACGCAGAAGAGCUGUAUUGGUGGUAGGGGACAACCCGAUGGGAUUUAAGUGAGAUGAAAUUAAAUAAAUGUGUUGGUCUGCUUAGGAAAUAGAGCUGUAGUGCCGUCAUCUUGUGUAACGAAGCUUCACACCGGUGUGAAAGGCAACUCGGAGAGAGGGAGAGGGAGAGGUGAGGGGUGAACACGCUCCAGGAGGCAGGGUUGCGCUGGACGAUGACCGAAGACCCCUGCCGUGACAGGGGGGCAACGCCGGGCGAGAGAUCUGCAUCAUUCGCUUCUUUGCUUAGUGAUCACAAGUAUGAUAUCCAUACCAAUAUUAUAAUGUGUUUUCUAUUGGUAUCGGUUGUUUUGGUUUGUUUGAUUUCGGACAUACAUCUCGUCCUCUAGAAGUUCAAUGGUGGUUGUUUUCUUUUGUCUUUGGACGAAUCUACUGAUUUGCGGUUGAUUAAUAUUGACUUUUUGUUGUUUUUUUGGCGGGACUUAUAAGAAGUUUAUUGAUAGGUGGUCACCACGUCAUGAUCUAUAAAGCUUCUGGUCAAAAAAUGGGUGGAGCGAAGAGGCCAUGACCGUGUGGAUGAGAGAGAGUGCCGUUCGGUGCCAAGAGAGACUGCAGUUCCUUGUUUUUGUCUUAUCUGCUUAUAAAGUCUGUAUUGUUUCUUCUGCAUGAGCGCUCGACGCAACAGCACUGUAAAGCUGACCGCUGCCUGUACUAUUAAAGUGAAAUAAAUAUCACAA